GUUCCGUGUCUCCCGCGUUGGCGGAAAUCGUGCCUCCGCGGACACCCGGGCUGGGCCAUGGCGUUCCGCAAAGCCUUCCAGGUGGCCUGCGGCAUCGCCGGCACCGCCGCCGUGGUGGUGGCUGCCGCGGCCACGACUCAAAGGCGCGGCGAGGGCCGGGUUGAGGCGGCGACGGUGAGCUGGAGCCCGAGCCCGCCCCUGGAGCAGCGAGGGGCCGCCGGCUGGGACUUCAACUGGGACAAGCGGGAGCCUAUUUCGUUGAUGAAACCCAAUAAGAAAAACAAAGACAAUGUUGAGGACUUUACUGCUCAACUUGAAAAUUACAAAGUCAAAGCCACAAGGCACAUCUUCCUCAUCAGACAUUCCCAGUACAAUCUGUCAGCCUCAACAGACAAAGAAAGAAUUCUGACAUCGCUGGGACGUGAACAGGCUGAACUAACGGGUCAGCGAUUGGCAAGUUUGGGAUUGAACUAUGACAUUCUGAUCCACUCCAGUAUGACCAGAGCAAAAGAGACAGCGACAAUUAUUAGUAAAUACCUGCCAGGUUUGGAAAUGAUGAGUUGCGACCUACUGAGAGAAGGAGCACCAAUUGAACCCGUGCCACCAGUCAGCCAUUGGAAACCAGAGGCUAUGCAGUAUCACGAAGAUGGUGCAAGGAUCGAAGCUGCCUUCCGACGCUACAUUCACAGAGCUGAUCUGAAGCAAGAGAACGAUAGCUAUGAGAUCAUUGUCUGUCAUGCAAACGUUAUCCGUUAUUUUGUUUGCAGAGCUUUGCAGUUUCCUCCAGAAGGAUGGCUGAGGAUGUGUCUCAACAACGGCAGCAUCACCUGGCUUACCAUCCACCCUAAUGGGAGGGUUGCACUCCGAACAUUAGGAGACACAGGCUUCAUGCCUCCUGACAAAUUAAGUCGCUAGAACAAAACUGCUGCUUGUUAUUUUCAAAAUCUUGUGCUUCAUUUUACAGUGCAAAAUGUUGUCUGAUACUUGAAACGAUAUCAGUUGUUACCAUGACUAAUUACAAGUCAGAUGUUUAUUUUAAUAACUUUUUUUCCCAAUUCUCUCUUCAUUUUCUAAUCACACCCCUGAAUCCAGGUUGUCUGAGUGUGUGUGGAACUUAAUCAAUCAGUGUUGCUUCAUUUUAAGUUGAUGACACACUUGAAUGAUGUCUCUGCCUGUGCCGUAGUAUGUUUUUGUUUGCUUUCACUCCCUUACCUCAUCAUAACCUUGUUGAGAAAUAGUACACUUAACUUGGAGGGAGAUGCAAAGUAUGGUCCUGAGUGUCAUUAUCACUGUAGCACUAACUUGCUUUUUAAAAUUUCAAAUGAUUCUCAGUUUAAAGGUUUGUUUAGUCUAUAAAAGAAUCACUUUUCUCUUGUAGAUAUAGCAUGUAAGACCAAGUACACAGUGCCUUGUGUAAUGCACUGUGGUUCAUGAGACAUGUCAUUCUUCCUGGCUCAUUGCAUAGUUAAGUCUAGCAGCACCCCUUGCUCGCUUGUGCAGGCAGGUGACCUGAGUCAGUACUGCUCAGGAGAGGGGAGAACAGUUAUGAAUCUGACCCUCCAUCAGUCAUGGCUAGUAUGAUGGAUUCAGUUGUGAUACCUCUGUGGGUGAACAGGCUAUUAAACCAUGUACGAAAUAGGAGAACUUCCAUCCAAUGAACUGUAAGUGAAAGAAUUAUUAUCUUUGUUGCACAUCACAGAUUGCUUCAGAACCAAAUGAAUUAAUUUUGAAAUAGGCACAGCUUUGGUGGGAGGGUUGAAUAAAAGUUUUACGAAACAAAUCAUUAUACUUGAUAAUUGGUGAUCAGGCUAUAGAACUUGUAUCAUGUUUUGCAUUAAACAGUUUACUGAUUAUAUCAAUUUUUUUUUCCAGGCUACAUCAAUGCAAUUUUAAAUUCAUUACAGGGCUCUGCAAAUAAAGGGUUUUUAACAAA